UGCGCAUUAAAAUUUUCCUCAACAAUGUCGUGUCUAAGUGCACCGCUGGGAAGACUAGAAUGUUCAGAAUUGUUCAGUUUGUCGUCAUUAAAGCUGAAACUUUGCGAUGCAGGUGUCGAAGAAGCAAUAUGCUUUUCCAAGGCAUGCGUGCGUGCUGCUAAGAUGUCUAAGAAGGUGUACGUCUUCACCGAGAUUUUUGGCAAGGGACAUCAUAUGCUAUUACAAUAUAUGAUGAAACAGGAUGGAAGUGAUGACCCUUUACUACAAAAACUAAUCUCCUACACUUCGAAUUUGAAAGAAGCAACCAAAGCACUGCAGAAAGUAUCUGGAGGAUCAAGAGAAAAAGAAAGUGAGACAGGGUGGGCAGCAAGACUUGCUGUCCAUUUUUUUUUACCAUUAUCAUUGGUCCAGGACUAUAUUCUAGACAGUGGUAGCACCCAUAAAGUCUUGGAGUGCCCCUGCUCCUGCAAAUCUCGUAUAAAUUAUGGUGACACAUCAAUUGGUCAUCCCAAAACAUGGUUUGGACUUUUUGACAUAGUGAUUGGAAAAACUUUGAGCCAUCGAGAGAGAAAUAAGAGAAGAAAAACUGAAACUGAAGUACACAUAGCAGCUACUGUAAUUCCUGAGGAGCCUGUUGAAGAGUCUGAGUCAUUACUUGAAAGUUCAGAAGAUAACCUCUCACAAAUUGAGGUUAAGUUUGAAAGCCUUCAUAAGUUUUUUUCACAGAUUGCCUCUCAAAGCAUAGUUUUUUCAUUCUAUCAGAAAAAAUGCAAUUCAGCUGUUAGUAUUGUGCCAUCCAUUGCAGUGAGCAAAACUCAUGUGCAGUUUCAUUUUUAUGACUGUGAGAAGGACCUUUAUUUUUUGAGUCGGGAAAUGCCAUUGUUUUCUGAGGAUGACAAUGAAUUACUUCUGGAAACCGUUAUUGCAACAUGGUUAGUCUUAAACUAUAGACAUCUGUUGUCUGGACCUACAGAGGGAAUGGUUAAGGGUGAAAAGUUUGGUUUUCAUUCAAAUGUUUCAGAUGAAGUAUUGAAUCUGUACAGAAAUGAAAUCAAAAUGGGUAUAACUAAGAUUAAAACUGAACAUUUGGAUCUUAAGAGUGGAUUGUAUUAUCAGGGUGUUAUUGUGGAUGCAAGUGACACCUUAAAACGGAAAAAGAAUAUGAAAAUGCAGCAGAGUUGAAAAUUAAAAAUUUUCAACUCUGCUGCAUUUUCGAGUGAACUUUUCUGAUCACCCAUUGUCUGUUAUCGGUCCGUAAAAUUUUUCCACUGGGUCUGCUUUUAAAAUUUUGUUUCAACUUGGGGUUCGAAUUUACUUGGGAUUUGUUUUUUGGGUCACUGAAUGCACUGAAGUGUGAAGCAGGCCUGUCUUUUAUCUUGCCAUCUUACUGCCUGUAAUUCCUGCCCCUUUUAUAUUCAAAUACGCAUGUAGCGUCUGCUUUCAGGGGCAUACUUCUGAUUGGGGUUUACUAUCUGUGUUCACUCUGGUUUUAUUUUUACCCCUGGACUAAUACUGGGGCCCCAAGAGAGGUCCAAAGUUUGACAUAAAAAUAUCUAGAGAGAAUGUUUAAAAAUGUUAUUUUCAAGAACUACAAUGCUACAGUUUGUGAGAUAACUAUGCAAGAAUCCUCAAAAAGUGUAGAUUCUAAAUUGUUAAAAUAGUGACUCUUGGACUAAUACUGGGGCCCAAGUGGGGUUCAAAGUUAAACAUUAAAAAAAAAAGGGAAAAUUAAAAAAAUCUUCUUCUCAGGAACUACAAUGCUACAACGCAAGCAUUCUUAGGAAAGGUAGAUUCUAAAUUGUUAAAAUAGUGACCCCAUGACUAGUAAUUCAAUGUUUAACCUCGAAAUAUAUUGGGAAAAUAUUUAAAAACUGAAAUAAAAUUAUUAAAUGAACUGUUGUUCAAGUGAGCGAUGUGGCUCAAAGCUCCCAGAUGGUGUGUCCUUGGGAAGAGGGUGUGCAGUGACCUUGAACCUUGAAUAAAUUUAAACUUUUGGGAAAAAUAUUGUAUAGCUAUCUUAAGCUUAAUCGUACCAUUUAGUAAUGUCAAUGAAUUAUGGAUAUGCAGUGACUGUUGGAUCAAAUUUCGUUAUUCUGUGGGUAGAACAAAACAAGCAAAACUUUUUUCAGUGAAAAGAGUCUCUUUCAAAAUAAACUUUUUGUACUUUGCAGUUAUAUGUCCUUUGCUAAAAGCGGGGCCAAUUUGAGAUUGUAAGUAUUAACGAUGUCUAGUUACUUUAUAUAUUUUUUACAUUUGGAAAAUUAAAAUUUUUAAAAAGUUAAAUAGAUACAUUAUAUUUAUGUACAUGAGCGUAAAAAGAGAGUAAAAUUUACUAAAUGGACAUUAUUUCUUAUUCUUAUUUCAUUUUCUUAUUGUUUAUAUUAACAUCUUUCUUUAACUAAUUAAUAAACUGAUUAUGAAAUUCACUAAAUUACUGUAAAUGUACAAAAGUACGUUAGCUAAAAGAAACAGCCAAAUCGUCUUCUGUGAGACUUUGAGUCUGGCAUCGUCAUUAUUAUUUCGUGCAGUCCGGGAUUUUACUUAGGUCGCGGUAGGUUCAGACCAAUCGAUAAACAGGGCGUGUCAAUUUCAGUCCUGUCACUUUCAGCCGCUUUAGAUUUCGACCAAUUGAUAAAUGGGGCGUGUAGAUUUCAGUCUGGCUGUUUCUUUAGAGCUAUGAAUAAACUAUAAGUUUCCGUAAGAAAUAGAGGAAAUUAUGCUUGGUAGAUGUAAAUAUAGAGCUAUGAAUUAACGAUAAGUUUCCGUAAGAAAUAGAGGGAACCAUACACGGUAGAAGUAAAAAUUUAAACAAAUGCUUCUUUGAUGAUUCAUUCGGGAUAUGAAGGUAGUGAUCAUUGCAGAAAAAGUUACAUAACACUCUAACACGGGUUAUGUAUUUUUUCUGCAAUGAUCUCUACCUUCUUAACCCAAAUGAAUCAUCAAAGAAAGCAUUUUAAUGUUUAUAUUAACAUAUUUCCUUUAAGUAACUAAUAAACUGAUUAUGAAAAGUUAGUAAAACUCAAUGAAUUAAUUAAAUGUAAAUAAGUACGUUAGCUUAAAGAAACGGCCAAAUAGGGCGUAUAUAUCAAUUUCAGACCUGCCAGUUUCAGCCGCUGAAGAUUUCGACCAAUCGAUUAAAUUGGGCGUUUAGAUUUCAGACUGGCUGUUUCUACAGAGCUAUGAAUUAACUGUAAGUUUCCGUGAGAAAUAGAGGAAUUAAUACUUGGUAGAUGUAAAUAUUUCGCUAUGAAAAUGCCACAGGCAUACAAACUUAUACAUUGUACUGCAUUUAUGAACAAUUGUUCAUAAAAUCGGAUGCUAUAUGAAAUUUUUCAAAUUAGAUUUAAAAUGUUGGACACUUAUAGCAUAUACGAGGGGCGUUCAAUAAAUAAUGUCAUCAGGGCUCGGAAAGAAACAAAAAUCGCUUUUCUAUGAUUUUGUCUUAAUGAUUUAACUAAAAUAUUCUCUUUUAAUUAAAAGACAUGUCCGUAACAUUUUUAUUCAAUUUCUAAUUGUUUUUAGAACACAGUUUUGAGUAUGACCCUUCGUAUACUGGAAAAUGGCAGAUCCUUUGAUUUGCUGUACUUGUUUUUUUCUUUCUGAAAGGUGUUUUCCUAAGUUUUGGAAAUGAAACAAGUCAAAGAUUGAAAGAUCUGGCGAAUAUUGUUGAUGUGACAAAACAUUAACUUUCUGUUUACGCCAAAAUUCCUUUUCUCUUCAUGCCCUGUGGGUUUGGACGCUGUUAGGAAGAAAUUUAAUGUAGUGAAUUCCAUAUUCUGUUUCUUUCCUCUCAUAAACCUUUCAAUUUUUUGGCAAAUAUUUUGCUUACUAGACUCCUCCAGAUAUUGAACUGCCUCCCUAUAUAUGUAUUUGAACAACAAAAUCCCUAAUAUUUAAGAAAAUAGCGUAUAAAACUGUUUUUGUGUUCUUGCAAAUUUUUGAUCUUCUUAGGCCUUUGCAGUUUUGUCAAGUACAUCUUAUUCUAAAUUUGUUUUGAAGGUUUAACGCAGAAUGGAUUGAAGUUUCAUGAUCUGUUUAAAUUUCAGAAAAACGUGGAUAAGAACAAUUUUUUAUUUUUUAAUAAUAAUUAUUUAGAUUUUCUACACGCUCUCGUUUUCACUAUAUUUAUAAAUAUAUGGUGACAUUUGAGUAUUAAACUUUUUUACCAUCAAAUGUUUCUUUAAAACAGUGUGGACUACCCCCGAUAUGAUGUCUAUCAAAUUUGCUAUGUAACUUAAAGUCAAUAAAAUGUAAUAUGUGAUAAUUUGUUGAAUUAUCGCUAAUAUACAUCGGUUGAUGUAUGACCUUGUUGACAAGGAGGGUACCCAUUUUUAAUGCCCAUUAUAUAAUUUUUGUUAAUUGAAAUCCACCUGUUCAUGUAUGUAUGAAACAGAAAUAAGUUGCUGUAAAUUUCACAUAUUUCGGUUAAUAUAUUUUUGAUUAAUUAACAAGUUUUACAGCCCUUUAAUGACGCGUUCAAUUUUACUCUAAUUUACUGAUUCUUGACCAUUCAAUUUUAACGCAGUGUCUCGAGUAGCCCUUGUUUUCCAACUUCCCACAAUGAAAUUAUGCGAUGAAAAGUGGUCACAUAAACUGUUAUCAAUUUGUUAAAGAUUUAAUAAUUAGAAAAAGUCAAGCUUAAUGUCAUAUAAUUUCUAUGUUGUAUGUCAUGGAGCUGAUGACAUUAUUUAUUGAACGCCCCUCGUAAAUUAAAACAAGCAACAGAAAGAUGAGACAUCCCAUUAUUCCAUUAUAUAUAGUUAAGCACAAAAAAUAUGGUUAGUUUCAGUUCAUGUGUGAGCACAAGAGCAGUCGGCUUACGCCUGUUCUAGAAUGAAAUUUAUUUAAAAUACAAAGCGCGGUGCUUUCUUAACAAUUGUUGCCAUCUAGCUGAUACCAGAUACAGAAGUUUUAAUGUGUUCCGCACAAGAGUAGGGAAACUAUUUAGGUCUCACAACACUAUUUUUCCGAAGGUUCACGUCAAAACAUGGCUGAGACAAAAUAAUUCCCGAAUUCCCCUUCGUUUUAAGGGGUUUUCCGCCAGCGACAGGCACUGUACUUUUUAUGAGAUGAAAAACAAGAUAUGUGCAAAAAAACGACGGCAUCCUAACAUCCAGAAAUGUCUUAAACUUAUUAGAACCUUGAAUUGUUACUGGGUUCUAUUAAGACAUGUCUGGAUGUUAGGAUGCCAUCGUUUUUUGGGGUUUUUUUUGCACUGGUAAGGGUAGACCACAUGUAGGUGACCCUGAUAAUUUCCCAAGGGUAGAGACCUUUGAUUUUUUCCAAGCCCGAUGUUAUGAGUUCCAAUUUUAUUAUUUACAGAAGUUACAGCAAAUGCAUAGAUGAUAUAAUCUAGACAUGAUACCAUCAUCAUAUUUUUACAGAGAAAGUGAAAGGCCCCUAAUAGUUGACCCUCUGAAAUUUUGCCCCAAGGGUAGAGAGCUUCAAGUUUUAAGUUCCCAUUAUAUUAUAUAGAUAUGUUACAGUAGGCAGACGUUAUUCAAAGUAAUCAAAUCAUGCGCGGUGGUGGGCUGAAUUUUUACAAAGGAAUAAAUAGAGAAAAUGUCUUUCAAACCUUUUUUCUAAAAAUGUGAAGCAACAAAAAGUUUUCCAUAAGGAAAAAUUAACGCUCUUUUCAUAAAAAAAAAAAAAUAUGUCUCAGCAAAACUUCAAUAUUUCAAGAAUAUGUAUAAUGCAAAACAAAAGUAUUAUUACUGCUUUUCCAGUUUUUUGAAAUGUAUGUCAGUGAACAGAAAUGUUGUGACCAGUAGAUGUCUACCGUUGUCUUUUGGUGUUUUGUUUUUUUUUUUUGAAAAAUAUUUUGUUGAAUGAGAAAUGUACAAACGUGAUUUAUAAAUGUAUUAAAAAGCAAUAAAGUUCCCACUUCAAUUUACAAAUGGAAUGAAGAGCUGUCUCUACAUGGACUUAAUUGUUUACUGUAUACAAGAUGUGUUUAAAGUUUGUUUUAAAUUUACUUUUGAUUCCUCACUACAAUGACCUUCAUUGAAUUCUCCCUGAAUGUUACUACUUAAAAAAAUUAAAAUCAAAACUGAUACCUGUUGUAGAUUUUGUUGUACUGAAAAUAGAAAUUAUACCGCAUGUGUUUGUAAUGUGUGAAAAAAUAUUACCUCUGUGGAGGAAAUUUAGCUUGCAAAAAUGUACACAACAACCUCGAAUAUAGAGCUCGUUUUAAUGUUGUAUAGUUGAUAUGCCAUGAAAUGGGGACAACAAAGUAAUAUAUUGUGUUGCAAACAGGAUAUUUUUUUUUCAGGCGGCCCUGAAUAUUACAUUUGUAAAUUGUUACGGAUUAAGUUAAAAUUUUUAAGCAUUGUUUUAUAUUGUGUCAAAUAGCUUGCAUCCACACAUAUUUAUUAUAAAAUCAAUGCAUAUUACUAGAUGUAAUUCAGAUAAAAUAUUUUUGGAUUUUAGUGUUUGUUGUGGUCAAUAGAUGAACAAUUUAAGGUUUUAAUUUUUUGUAAUUUUUCAUGAUCUCAUUGUUAUUGAAUUAAGAAUUUACCAUAUACCUUUGAUUGGCUGUGUUUUAAAAAAUAUUUAUGAAUAAAUUUAAUGAAUUGCUUAUUUACAUUAUCUGAGACAUAUUUCAAUUUUCCAAUUGACAUUGGCAGUGUUGUAAAUUAAUAAAUCUGUAUCAAGAAUAAAUCCACUUUCAUCACUUGA